AUGGCAACAGUUUUAGGAUAUUGUGAUGAGUUUUUGAUGGAUCUGUGGCUAGUGAAUUGGGACUGUGUCUUGCGAACAACAACAUCUGAUAUUGCGGUAGAUUAUGUGGAAAUCAAAGAUAGGAUAUUUUUUAAGGUUCCUGGAUAUGGAAAGCCAGUGGAGUUUGGUGUUUUGACAUCAUUUGCAUACCCUCUAGAAGGAAAUCUUGGAGAGAUUGUUGUGGCCACCACAAGAGUUGAAACAAUGCUUUUCAUCUUUAUGGAAAAUUUGCCUACAUCCAUUUUUAAUGAAAGAAAGCUUCCUAUAAUUUGUGACGCAAUUCUUGUUGAUCUGAAAUUUGGCACUGGAGCAGUUAAGCUCGCCUGCACUCUCUUGCAUCCAGCCUGUGAUCCAAACGAUUUUGAAAUAGGAAAGCGUCAUAAUCUUGACUUUAUCAACAUUUUCACAAAUGAUAGAAAAAUAAAUAGCAAUGGGGGUAUGGAUUUUGCUGGCAUGACUGCAGCUUUACAGGAAAAGGUAUUGGCAACUUUUUAA